GGCAGGACUGUCGCAACUCGCGGAGCGUCGCCGUUGAGAGCGGAGGGAAGUUUGAAGCGGGGCGGCGUGAUGGCGGGGCAGGGCGGCGAGCCUGGGGAGCUCAGCCUCGUGGAUCAGGGCGUGAGGAGCUUGCAGGAGGUCUCGUUGAGCUCGGACCUGCACACGCUCAACAUGCAGCGCAACCGCAUCGCCAGGAUCGAAGGGCUCGACCACCUCCGGAACUUGCAGCAUUUGGACUUGUCGUCCAACCAAAUCCGCCGCAUGGAGGGGCUGAGUGCCCUGCACAGCCUGCGCAGCCUGAACCUGUCCCGCAACCUGAUAACGGCAGUGGAGGGACUGGAGAAGCUCUUUAAUUUAACUACACUGAAUUUGUCGUUUAAUCAUAUACACGAUCUCUCUGGACUUCAAUGUCUUCAUGGAACCCAUCAUAAAAUUAGCUGUAUUGACCUUCACAGCAACUGCAUAAACAAUAUUAACCAUUUACUUCAGUGCGCAAAGGGGCUGCAAUGCUUGACCAAUUUGACACUGGAAAAAAAUGGAAACACCAAUCCAGUUUGUUAUGCAGCAGGUUAUAGAGAAACUGUACUUCAGGCAUUGCCCCAGCUGGCAGUUCUAGAUGGAAGAAAUAUUCAUGGUGAACUGGUAGAAUCAGCAGAAGGAAACUGUUCGAAUUUGCAGUGUUUAGAAGACAUUUUGAACUGUUUAGUUUCAUCCGGGUCCCCUUCAUCCAAAGAUCAGAAGGCCUUACCAUUGGUGACACCGCAUAUCGACCAAGCGUUAGCUUAUUUUCGGCAGCGUACGAAAAUGCCAGUACAAAGUUCUGUCAGUUCCUCUACAGAGCAUGUUUCAUCUUCAGAGCCCGAGAAAUCCAUACUUGAUAAAAUACAGAGUGAGAUGAGGAUUCAAAAAUUAGAAGAUCAAAUUUCACAGAUACUGCAGAAGGUGUCUAAUGCCUCGAGAAUGGAGGCCCCUCCAAAUGUUCUAAAAGCUAAGAGAGACACAGAUCCAACUUCUGAGAGUGAACAUGAGACUGAGAAGGAGGGCAGCAAAAAGGCUGUGAAAAGAAGCAAGAUCCCUACUUACCAUAGAACUACUUCAUCUGCUAGACGUCACUUGAAUCAUCCUAAGACCAAGAUAACUGGCAGGGAAGAGAAGAGUUCCUCAAAGCGUUCCCAUCAGAGGAACUCUCAUCUCAAUUCAUCAUCAGAUACUCCCGAUUUGGAAGUAGUGGGAAGAAGAGCUGAUGUAUUAGUUGGAAGACAGAGCAAUAUGGAAAAAUUGGAUGAAAUGAAUUCAAAUGCGACACAGGAACCCACAUACCGAGCACUGAUUCAGGAACUUGAUCAGGAAAAGGAAAGAAGGUGGAAAGCAGAACAAGCAGAGAAGAAAUUAGUAGAGCAUGUCAAAGAGUUACAGAAACAUGCAAAAGAAGAAAAGAAUAUUCAGAGUAUGGCUGUAUACACUACAGAGAGGUUAAAGGAAAUGAUAUUGAAAGAGAGAGACAUUAAAGUAAGAUUGCAAGCAGAUGUCCAACAGUUGAAAGAUGAAACUGAAAGACUUACUAAUGAAUUAAAUCAAGCAAAAAAUAAAGAAGCAGAGCAUCAGAAGGCUAUGCAAGCUUUAGAAGAAGCAUUAUCCAAGAUGGAAACACAGAGAUUGCAGCAGCGAGCAAUAGAGAUGAAACAGGUGCAAGAAGCAGAGCUUAAAGCAUCAGCAAAUGAAAGAGAAUUACAGUUACUUCGAGUAUCUCUUCGACAGCAGAGGGAGAAGGUAAAACAACUGCAUGAACUUCUUAUAUUAAGAGAACGAGAACAAAGGAAAGAACUUGAAACCCGAGUUGCUUUACAUGGACCAGAGUUUCAAGCAGCUGUGUCAAAAGAAGUGGCUAAAGAGGAGCAGAGGCAUGAGCAGCGUGUUAAAGACUUUCAGGAGAAAAUUAAUAUGUUAAACCAGAAGUAUACGGAGUUAGAAGAUGAAUUUCGUUUAGCAUUAACGAUGGAGGCAAAAAGGUUUAAAGAGGUCCAAGAGGAUUUUGAAAAUGUUUCUGCUGAUCUAGCUGAACAUCAGCAGUCCCUCUUUCAGUUUCAACAAAAGGAAAAAGAGAUGACAGUUCUGAUCCAAGACCUCACAAGCAUAGUGAAAGAACAGAAAGCAAAGAUUGCAGAAUUAGUAAAAUCAAAUCAAGAAACCACAGCAAACCUGAAGAGUCGAACUGAAGAACUUGAAACUGUGAUUGAGCAGGACAAAGAGAAAGCUGGUCAAGUGGAACUUCUGAAAAAGGAAAAUGGAAAACUUAUUUCUCAGCUAACUGCUCAAGAAUCUGUAAUUGAUGGAUUAAAAAUGGAAAGAAAAAUAUGGGGGCAGGAGUUGGCACAACAGGGAGCUCACCUUUCUCAAGAUCGAGGAAAACUGGAGGCAAAAAUCGAGGUUUUAACAAACGAGGUGGAAACUUUAAAGAAGCAGAGGGAUCAGGACAGUGAUGCUAUACGAAUUAAAAACAAAAUAGUGGACGAUCAGACAGAAACAAUUAGGAGAUUAAAAGAAAGCUUACAAGAAAGAGAUAAACAAAUCAGAAAACAGCAUGAAGAAAAUAAGCUUUUUCAAGUACAGUUGGAUGAAAAAGCCACUGAAUUUGAAGAGCUUAUGGAAAAGCUAGAAAGGCAAAAUGAGAGAAAAGAGCAAUUAAAGCAGCGUUUAGAAGAAAAAGAAGUAGAACUUGGUGACAUCAGGAGAGCAUACAGUGCGCUGAAGAAGAAGUGGCAAGGUAAAGAUGAACUAUUAAGCCAGCUGGAGGUACAAGUUAAACAGAUGAAGGAGAGCUUUGAUAUGAAGGAGAAGAAGCUGAUCGAAGAGAGAAAUAAAAGCCUUCAAGCUCAGAGGAUUGCUACGGAGAAGCUUCGUGAAAUGGAUGACGCUUUCAGAAAACGACUUGAGUCAGUAUUGGCAGCUCAUGAGGCUGAAAUAGUGCAGCUGGCAAACGAGAAGGAAAAACAAAUUGAAGCAGCAAAUGAAAAAGUUUACUGCAUUGAAGAAGAAAUGCGUCAGCUUCUGCAAGAAACAGCCAACAAUAAAAAAGCCAUGGAGGACAAAAUAAGACGGCUUACGUAUGUGUUGAGUGACAUUCAGCAAGAUCUGUGAAGCUUUAUGUCUUACGUUUCAGAGUUGUUCUUUAUGAAUGUAUACACUAAAAAGAGUAUUAAUUUAAACAAAUAUGCUACAGUGCACUUUUCCUCCUGUUUGAUUUGAAGUGCUUCUAGAGAAUAAAUUUUGUGUAGAAUUUU